AUGACGUCGCUUCGGGAACGGUCAAAGGCAGUGAGCGUCAUUACGGACGCAAUACAGACCAUCGAGAACUUCGUCAAUAAUUACGAUGCCGAGGUCGAUCGAGACAAGAUCGACUCUAGAUUGAGUAGGCUAGAUGUAUUAUAUGAUCGAUUUACUAGCGCUUCAAUUGAGUUGGAAUUGUUAAUGGAUGAAAAAGCCGAGACAAAGGGUACGUUUAUCAAAAGCCGCAAUGAAAUGGAGGACAAGUACUACAAGUUGCAUGACUUCCUCACCGCAAAUAAAGUGAACCGCCAUAUUGCUGCUAAUGCCUUUCAGGCUUCUACAUCUGUAGUGCGUUUGCCAAAAAUUGAUUUGCCAACUUUUGAUGGCGAGAUAGACAAUUGGAUCCCAUUUUAUGAUGCUUAUCGCAGCUUAAUCCAUAACAAUAAGGGUUUGGCUGCUGUAGAUAAAUUCCAUUACUUGAUGGCAGCACUCAAGGAACCCGUCAAGCAACUCCUUGAUACGACUAGUAUUACGGGAGAUAAUUACAGGAUCGCUUGGGAUUUACUGGUCAGUCGCUUCGAUAACAAGCGCCUGCUAAUUAAAAACCAUAUUAACUCUCUUUUCGCCAUUGAGCCUGUGAAAAAGGAAUCUUCUGCUACCAUAUUGUGCCUGGUUGACCAAUUCGAACGCCAUGUGAAAAUCCUAACGACGUUGGGGGAGCAGACAGAGCAAUGGAGCUCCCUGCUCGUGCACAUGGUGUGCAGUCGCUUGAAUCAAAGCACUUUGAGGGAAUGGGAACGGUCAACAGGUAACGAUAAAGAGAAGGUUCCUACGUAUGACGAGCUGAUUACCUUUUUGAAAGAUCAAGCUCGGAUCUUGAUGUCCUUGAACAGUGGAACCCUGGUACCCUCCCCUCUAAAAGAUAAACCCCGUUUCUCUGUUGCUCACACUGCAUCCGUUGCAAAAUCAUACCCACCAAAAGCUUUCAGCUGCAUCGUGUGCAAUCAACCGCAUCGGAUUUACGAUUGCGAGGUGUUCAAACGGAUGUCAAUCGAACAGAAGCAAGACACCGUCCGCAAGAAGAAGCUAUGCUGGAAUUGCUUAUCAUCGAGUCAUCUCAGCCGUGACUGCUCCUCCAAACCCUGUCGGAAGUGCAACGAAAAACACCACACACUUUUGCAUUCUUCCUCCCCCAACGAUCGUUACACCCAACCCCAAGUCAAACCACCUACUGGAAAUCUACAAUCCACCACCUACACCGGAAGUGGAGCCGUGGUCCCGGCAUCACUGUCCACUCCAAUUCCACCAUCACCACUCACCUCGUCCGCCACCCACCAACCUCUCACCAACGCAUUAGCUGCAGCAAGCUCUUGCACCACCACCUACUCGACUGUUCUGUUAUCCACCGCCGUGGUAAAGGUCCACGGCCCGUCGGGGAGAUCUACAUUUGUUCGAACCCUGUUGGACUCCUGCUCUGAGUCAAACUUCAUCACCGAAAGAAUCGUUCAACUUUUGGGAUUGAACCGACGAAAGCAAGCUGCAAUUAUCGCUGGAAUGGGUGGCUCUACUGUCAGCAGUACUUACUGCACCGUAGCAGAUUUCAGUUCUGUUAAUUCCACCUACUCUAACACACUGACGUUCAGCAUCCUCUCCAAGAUCACCAACGAUCUGCCCUGUCGGGCAAUCGAUAUUUCGCAAUGGAACCUCCCUCCUGAGGUAGUCUUGGCAGACCCAGAUUUUGCUUCGCCGCAAAGGAUCGAUAUGGUUAUCGGUGCUCAGCUGUUCUUCAGCCUUCUGCAGGAAGGACAGAUCCCAGUAAAUGCUGGUCCUUUUGAACACCAGCCUAUUCUCCAACGUACCGUGCUCGGAUGGGUAGUAAGUGGCCUUGUUGCCAUCGAUACCGCUACCCAAGGACCUGAGCGAGUCGCUCUGUUGUGUACCACCGAUGACUUGGACCAACAACUGACUCGAUUCUGGGAAGUCGAGAGUUACCCUCAAAGCCGUGGACUGUCUAAGGAAGAAUUAGCUUGCGAGAUGUACUUUUCCGAAACCACCACCCGCGACGAAUCAGGCCGAUUCGUUGUACGCCUGCCGAAGAAAGAGCACGUCUUGAGUCAACUUGGUGACUCCGAGAUCGAAGCCCUUCGCAGAUUUCAAUGGAUGCAACGUCGACUCAGCAAGAACCCCGAUUUGAAGGCCCAGUAUGUAGACUUCAUGGCAGAGUACAUAGAACUUGGCCAUAUGGUUCCCGUAGACCCAUUACAAGACAAAACCCAUACCCGCUCGUUCUAUCUUCCCCACCACGCCGUGCUCAAGCCGAGCAGCACUACCACUAAGUGCAGAGUCGUUUUCGAUGGGUCCAGCAAGUCUUCUACGGGAAUCUCUCUCAAUGAUUGCCUUAUGGUGGGACCGACUGUUCAGGAUGCAUUAUAUGCUAUCGUCAUCAGGUUCUGCAUGUAUGAAGUGGCUUUAGUUGCAGAUGUAACCAAGAUGUAUCGCCAGAUGUGGGUACAUCCUGACGAUAGGCGUCUUCAGCUCGUGUACUGGCAAAGCAGGACUGAUUCACACGUCCAUCCCUACGAGCUGACCACGGUAACAUACGGCACCGCAUGUGCGCCGUAUCUAGCUACUCGGUGUCUACAGCAAUUGUCCUACGAUCACUCGGCGAGCGAAACCGAUGCUGCAGCACGAAUCGGUAAGGAUUUCUACGUGGACGAUUUCCUCAGCGGUGCUGACACUGUGGAAGAAGCAACUCAGCUGCGUUCUGGAGUGCAGAGCAUCCUCGCGUCCGCAGGGUUCGAACUUCGAAAGUGGUCGUCGAAUUCAUCCGAAGUGUUGUCACACAUCCCGGACAACCUGAAGAAUGAUAGGCCAAUUGUCGCAGUUGAUGACAUUCAAGGCUCCGUCAGCACACUCGGUCUGCUGUGGCACCCUGAAUCGGAUACCUUCCGGUUCAAAGUUCCUGAGCGAUUCUCUGAUAAUCCGAUCACGAAACGAAUCGUGGUCUCCGAUAUGUCCAAACUCUUCGACCCAUUGGGUAUCUUGGGUCCGGUGAUCAUCACAGCCAAAGUGUUUGUCCAACAACUUUGGAAGUUGAAACUAAGCUGGGACGAAGAGCUUCCCAAUGCACUCUGUACCGUGUGGGAAGACUACAGACUUGGUCUGGCUGCUCUAGGAACAUUUUCCAUCUCUCGUUUGGUCAAAGCUCCAGGCGCCGGAGACAACGUGCAACUUCAUGGGUUUUGCGAUGCAUCCCAAAAUGCUUACGGAGCUUGUAUCUACUUGAGAAGUGUCGGAAGAAGUGGUGUCGUCACAACCCGUCUCCUAACCGCCAAAUCCCGAGUAUCUCCUAUCCAAACCUUAUCAAUUCCCCGGCUAGAGCUCUGCUCUGCUGUCCUCCUCAGCCAACUGUACCAAACUGUUAUGUUAAGCCUCAACAUAAAUGCUAAUGCUUAUUUUUGGUCUGACUCUUCAAUCACUCUCCACUGGCUGUACAACCCACCGUCCAACUACAACACUUUCGUGGCAAAUCGUGUCGCGGAGGUGCAGCGACUCACUGAAGGAGGCACUUGGAAUCACGUCGCCGGUCUGGAGAACCCGGCCGAUCUCAUCUCGAGGGGUGUCGAUCUCUGCGAGCUCGUCAACAACGCACUAUGGUGGAAGGGUCCACCGUGGUUAACGUCCGAUCCAGCGGAGUGGCCAAGUAUGUUUCCAGUCCAAGACGCCUGUGAAUUUCCUCCUGAAGUUCUCGAGGUGAAGCUUCGUACGCUUGCAGCCGUCACUCGAUCCACCGAAGCUCCCGACCGCACACUGUUCACCCGCUACUCGACACUAACAAGACUCACCCGCAUCGCUGCAUAUUGCCGCAGAUUUGUGCGGUACUGUCGGGCCAAGCUCGCUGGAUUCCACCUACAAGCUAUUCCGUACCUUACCUCAGCAGAACUCCUUCAAGCACAAGAAGGCCUUGUGAAAGUUGUGCAAAAUGAGUGCUUCAGCCAAGAAAUCGCUAUGCACCUCUAUGUACACCUCGAAUUGGUUGGCGAUCUCAGCUCCGAAGCCUUUAUCGCAACGUUGAAACGGUUCGUUGCACGGCGAGGCAAGCCAAUUGCCCUGUUCUGUGACAAUGCCACCAACUUCAAGGGCGCAGACAGGGAACUCCGAGACCUCUGUAAGCAACUCAACGAUCAACAACUACGACUGAAGAUAGCAUCGUUCUGCGCUGAAUCAUCCAUCCAGUUCAACUUCAUCCCUGCGAACGCUCCGACAUUCGGCGGCCUUUGGGAGGCCGCAGUCAAGGCUUUCAAGCAUCAUUUUCGGCGAGUCGUCGGCUUGGAAUCCCUGUCAAGCGAUGUAAUGUGUACCAUCCUCUGUCAGAUAGAGAGCUGUCUCAACUCUCGGCCACUGACGGCCCUAUCUGAAGACCCAAGUGACACGGAAGCCCUCACACCGGGACACUUUCUGGUCGGAUCAGCUCUCCAAUCAAUCCCGGAGCCCGACCUUGCCCAAGUUCCCAACAACCGGCUUUCGCUUUGGCAGGAGGUGCAGCGCAGAACCCAAACCUUUUGGAAACUCUGGUCGACGGACUACCUUCAUCAACUACAGCAGCGUUCGAAGCACUACUACCGGCAGCCGAAUGUUCUGGUCGGCAAGCUGGUACUCCUGAAGGACGACAACCUACCACCGCUCAGGUGGAGCAUGGGUCGAAUCGAAACCGUCCAUCCCGGCGCUGAUGGCCUCGUCCGUGUCGUGACCGUCAGACUGGCAUCCGGAGCAGUCUUUGACCGACCGAUCGUGAAGAUCUGCCUGCUUCCCAUCGACGAUGACGCAAGAUCCACCUCCACUUCCGGCGAAGUGCCUGGUGACCCUGACGACAAUGCAGCGCCCGCUGCCAACCCAGAUAAUUGA